UAGAAGCACCGUUAAUGUGGCGGCUGGAGUUGUAUAGUAUUUCUCAGACGCAGAGAACAAGAUGAUCGUGAAGUUUAUCUGUGCGGUUGUUACCCGGUCCCUAUUCCUCCUCCUCUCUCUGAUAGGAGUAUGGAGGGUGGUCUGGGUUAAGAAUAAUGAUCUUUAUUGGUUACUGACGAUCCUUUAUCUUCCUCUGGUGAUCGAGAUGAUUUUAACCCUGAAGAGAAAACAAUUACAGGAUUAUAAAUGGUUUUCUCCUGCCAUCUUCCUGUUUCUCAUCAGUAUCAUUCCAUCUCUAUGGAUUCUAGAGUUACAUCAUCAGGAGAACAAAGCUACUGAUUCCAGAUGUGACAAACUGGAUUCCUCUGAAAACAUAAAGAGCCUGAUGAACAUGUGGAGAGGGAAUUCCACCAAUGGCAGCGAGACGUUAUUCCAGGGUUCAGUAUCUCUGUUGUCGUCAGUGUGUGCUAACGACUGGAUCCUGGCGCUGCACCAGAUCCUGUUGAUCCUGCUGGUCGUAGGGAAGUGGCUUCUCCCGAUAGCAGGAGGGGUGACCAGGGAUGAACUGUCUCAGCUCCUCCUCAUCUUCAUAGGCACUGCCGCUGACAUCCUGGAGUUCACCUCAGAGACACUGUUGGAUGUCAAGGACAGCAGUCCCAGCAUGGUGUACGUCAUCCUAGGAGUCUGGACGUGGAGUAUGUUCCAGUUUCCUCUCCACCUGUCAGUGUCUACCUCCAGACCUGAUGAAUACUCCGAGGGGGAUGUGUCUCUGCUGGCCAGACUAAGAGCAGAUAUCUGGAGCAUGGUGGAGAGCCUCUUCAUCCAUGACGGACCCUUCCUGGUGGUCCGCCUCACCCUCAUCCUCUACUUCCACGUCAUACACCAGAUGCUCAUCUUCUUUGCCAUCAAGAACUUCCUGGUGGUCCUUCUGAACUUCUACCGUCUGUCUGUCAUCUACUGCGACUACAAGGCUUCAGGUUAAUCUGAGGUUAUUGUCACGACUUCUUCCGAAGUCGGUUCCCUCUCCUUGUUCGGGCGACGUUCGGCGGUCGACGUCACCGGUCUUGUAGCCAUUGCCGAUCCACCUUUAAUUUUACAUUUGUUUUUUGUCUUGUCUUUCAACACACCUGGUUCCAAUUCCAUUCAUUACAUGUUGUGUAUUUAACCCUCUCUUCACCCCCUCUCUGAGGUCAUUAAAGAUCCCAUGGCACUUAUCGUAAGAGUAGGGGUGUUAACCCCGGUGUCCUGGCUAAAUUCCCAAUCUGGCCCUCAAACCAUCAUGGUCACCUAAUAAUCCCCAGUUUACAAUUGGCUCAUUCAUCCCCCUCCUCUCCCCUGUAACUAUUCCCCAGGUCGUUGCUGCAAAUGAGAACGUGUUCUCAGUCAACUUACCUGGUAAAAUAACGGUAAAAUAAAUAAAUAAAAUGUCCUUGUCCGGAAUCGGUUGUUGUAAGUGCUUGUGCACUUUAUGUCUGGUGUGCUUUGGGUUAUGUACCCAUUUAUUGAUUGUUCUGUUUUCCGGUGUUUUUUAUGAUUAAACUGCUCCGUUGGAAACACAGUUAUUUUUCUCCUGCGUCUGACGUCUCUGCCGCCAGUACGCACCCCUUACAAUUAUAACAAGAUGAAGCUGGAACUGGAACUGAUGAAUAUAUCUGGGUGGGUAGAGGGCUGACAGCAGAGGGGUACGGACCCCUUACAGUUAUAACAAGAUGAAGCUGGAACUGAUGAAUAUAUCUGGGUGGGUAGAGGGGUGACAGCAGAGGGGUACGCACCCCUUACAGUUAUAACAAGAUGAAGCUGGAACUGAUGAAUAUGUCUGGGUGGGUAGAGGGCUGACAGCAGAGGGGUACGGACCCCUUACAGUUAUAACAAGAUGAAGCUUCAGCUGGAACUGAUGAAUAUAUCUGGGUGGGUAGAGGGGUGACAGCAGAGGGGUACGGACCCCUUACAGUUAUAACAAGAUGAAGCUGGAACUGAUGAAUAUAUCUGGGUGGGUAGAGGGCUGACAGCAGAGGGGUACGGACCCCUUACAGUUAUAACAAGAUGAAGCUGGAACUGAUGAAUAUAUCUGGGUGGGUAGAGGGCUGACAGCAGAGGGGUACGCACCCCUUACAGUUAUAACAAGAUGAAGCUGGAACUGAUGAAUAUAUCUGGGUGGGUAGAGGGCUGACAGCAGAGGGGUACGGACCCCUUACAGUUAUAACAAGAUGAAGCUGGAACUGAUGAAUAUAUCUGGGUGGGUAGAGGGCUGACAGCAGAGGGGUACGGACCCCUUACAGUUAUAACAAGAUGAAGCUGGAACUGAUGAAUAUAUCUGGGUGGGUAGAGGGCUGACAGCAGAGGGGUACGCACCCCUUACAGUUAUAACAAGAUGAAGCUGGAACUGAUGAAUAUAUCUGGGUGGGUAGAGGGCUGACAGCAGAGGGGUACGGACCCCUUACAGUUAUAACAAGAUGAAGCUGGAACUGAUGAAUAUAUCUGGGUGGGUAGAGGGCUGACAGCAGAGGGGUACGGACCCCUUACAGUUAUAACAAGAUGAAGCUGGAACUGAUGAAUAUAUCUGGGUGGGUAGAGGGCUGACAGCAGAGGUGUACGGCCUGACAGGAUGCUCUCAAAUGUGCAUUUGUAAAAGUUUGAGGGUUUUAGGUGCCAAGCUGUUGCACCUUCUUCACCACACUGUGUGGGUGGACCAUUUCAGAUCAUCAGUGAUGUGUACACUGAGGAACUUGAAGCUUUCCACCUUUUCCACUGCGGUCCUGUAGAUGUGGAUAGGGGGGUGCUCCCUCUGCUGUUUCCACCAUCAUCUCCUUUGUUUUGUUGACGUUGAGUGAAAGGUUAUUUUCCUGGCACCACACUCUCAGAGCCCUCACCUCCUCCCUGUAGGCCGUCUCGUCCCCUUGUGGGGCCCUCACCUCCUCCCUGUAGGCCGUCUCGUCCCCUUGUGGGGCCCUCACCUCCUCCCUGUAGGCCGUCUCGUCCCCUUGUGGGGCCCCAGUGUUGAAGUUCAGCGAAGUGGAGCUCUCACCUCCUCCCUGUAGGCCGUCUCGUCCCCUUGUGGGGCCCUCACCUCCUCCCUGUAGGCCGUCUCGUCCCCUUGUGGGGCCCUCACCUCCUCCCUGUAGGCCGUCUCGUCCCCUUGUGGGGCCCCAGUGUUGAAGUUCAGCGGAGGUGUGUACAGUGUGUAGAGUGAUAGCAUCGUCUGUGGAUCUAUUGGGGGCGGUAAGCAAAUGAUUUGUACAGCCUGUGUGUGGAAUGCCAGUGAGGGGUUUGUAGUCAGUAUAGAUAGUAGCAACGCUCAUAACAGAAGAAUGUAGUUAUAUUACGCUGUAUCUUUAUUAUUUUAUUCAACACAGAGUUUAAUGUCAAGCGUUGUUUCAUCUUUACAGUCUGUAGAAACUAUGAGAAUAGAACGGUUCAGAACUUGUGUGAAAAGGAACAUAAACAGACUGGACAGACUUGUGUGAAACAUCACAGCACAGUUGAUAUCUGGCAAAUAGAAAUGAAAUGGAUGGUGGUCAGAGAUAGAUGAGAGGGGUUGAGGGGAGCUGAAGGGUGGGACUGAAUGGUGUUCAGAGAUAGAUGGGAGAGGUUGAGGGUAGGAUGGGACUGAAUGGUGUUCAGAGAUAGGGGAGCUGAAGGGGGGGGGACUAAAAACAAACAAGAGAUAACUAUUGUAAAUAGACUGCCUGUAAAAUGUACAUAGUAUGUCUGAGCUGGAAGGAGAAGCCUCAAUG